UCAAUGAGAUACAUUCGAUAACGUUAUUAUUGUCGUCGGGAAAUAACGGAUGCGUCACGCCAUUAACACCAUACCUAGUCAAAUAACAUACCUACAAAAAUACAUACAUUGCCGUUCUGCAUACACAGUAUAUACCAUCGAGUACGUAAUGUUUUUAUAGCCGUUGCCUUGGUAUUACCCCCAACGACCGUGAAAGUGGUAGUAAAUAAGAGUUAAAAGGACACUUUUCGACGUCGUAUAAAAACGAUCAAACACGUGCGUAGCUUAGUAGAUAGAGGACUGCUAGGCAGACAUUAAUCGAGGUAAGGUCACUUUGAGGACUUUGUUCACGAGGAAAAUAAAACAAAAAAGAGAAAGAGAGAGAAAGAGAGAGAAAGAGAGAGAGAGAGAGAGAGAGAAAAACCGAAUUAACAAAAGGACAAGGAAAAAAACAAGGACAAAAAAAGGAUGAGGUAACGUAAAGAAUUACGAUCUUGUGAAAGUGUACGAACGCGCGUGAAUGUAAUAUGUACGAGUAAGAAAGAUAAAAAAAAACCAAAAAAAAAAAUAAAUAAAUAAAUAAAUAAAAAUAAUAAUAAUAAUAAUAAUAAUAAUAGAUAAUAAUAAUAAUAAAUAAUAAUAAAUAAUAAUAAUAUUAAUAAUAACAAUAACACUAAUAAUAAAGAAAACGUGUAAUGUUAUACUUUCUCAAGUGCGGUGAUAAACAUAAAUCAUCCGAAGCUGAGCAGUAAGCCACCGAUAAAGAAGUAUCCUCCGGGUAGGACGAAUCCAAAGGAAAUGGCCACUGGUGCUAUCUUUGAGGAACGGAACGAUCUCGACGAUUCGUAUCAUCCCAUAGAGACGAGCGAUUUCGUCGACAACGCGGAGACAACCGUAUCGGAGACGGACAAAUGUGUGAACGACGUUAAAAUGAAAAUGCGAAGUCUGGAGAUUAGCGACUGUAAUCAGAAUCUAAUAGAACCGAAUAACAGCUCGUUCGAGCAAUUAUGCAAAAUGAUAAAUGACCUGGAGGGAAAUAUUAUCGAGGACGUUCCUGGAUCGAGGCACUUCGACACAGCUUCGAUCACCGACAAUCGCGGUGAAGUACCAUCCUUAAAUAUGAGAUAUAGUAAUCAACUCGAGCCGGAGAAAGAUCAUUGCAAAGAUAAAUGUGGAUCAAUCGGAGCGACCUACGAAGAUAUAAUGUCGUUUCUAGCGACGCUCGAAGACGGUAUAACAAGAAUUAGGGAAAAACAAAGAAAGAAAUUACUUUUUUUACCGACAACUUUCCACCGGGAAUAUUACAGAGUCAAGUGUGAUCCUUUAAGAAAUUAUUUCUCAAACGCGUUCAAAGACGACUUAAGUACGGCGCAGUUACAAUUGGAGGAGAAGGAGGCAACGAUUAAAUUGUUGAAGAACGAAUUAAAAAAUGAAAGAGAAGCAGCCUGCGAGAAAUUAAACGUAGAAAAUAAAAAACACGUCUCGAAGCUCGAGACGCAAGAAAAAAAAUAUCAAACGAUCGUGAAGAGACAUCAAAAGUUUAUGGAGAAGCUCAUUUCGGAGAAGACAGAUUUAACCGAUAAAUGUAAUUCGUUGGCACAAAGAAUCAAGGAAAUCGAAUCGAAGGCGGAAAAGGAUAUGAAAGUUUGUACGGAUAGGCAUCUCGUCGAAUUGCAACGAGCAAAGGAACAUUUCGCGGCCUCCGAAAAGAUAAGACGAGAGCGAUGGUUAGAGGCAAGAACGUCAAAAAUAAAGGAAAUGACGGUGAAGGGAUUAGAACCCGAAUUACGAAGCAUGGUCGAACAACAUCAGCUGGAGAUUCAGGAGAUACGAAGCACUCACAUAAAGGAACUUCAAGAUUCAGAGCUACGCAUAAUACGUCGCUCGAACCAGCAGCUAGAACAAUUACGUUUAGAACUUACAGCUAGUCACGAAAAAGUAUUAGCGAGCGAAAAGAAUAUCCUAUGGACCAGGUAUAAGGAGAAGCUAGAGGAACAGGAGGCACAGUUUCGUACGGAAAGAAUUAAAUUCGCGGAGGAUUUAGAACGCGAAAGGAACAGGUUCGAUGAGGAACUAGCUAAACGCGACACGGAGAAAGAUACGAUUAUACGACAAACGUACACCCGGUUACAGAAAGAAUUAGAGGAUGAAAAGCUAAAACACCAAGCUGAAAAGGAGGCUCUUCGGGAGAGCCUGCAAACGGAAUGGACGGAAUGGUUAGAGAAUUACAAGAAACAACAAAUAAUAAAACUAGAAAAAUCGGAAAAUAAAAUAAGAGAGGAAAGUCAGAGAGAACGUGAUAGACAAAUCGAGCUCGCUAUCGGUCGUCUUGAGAAGGAAGCUCGAGAUAUGAAAACGGUAGUUCAGCAAAGCUAUGAAAGUAAAUUAAGGUCUGUGAAAGAGAAAUACGAAAUGGAAUUGCACAUUGCAACUGAUAAUGAGAAGAUCCACAAACAAGCAUUAAUAUCGAUGGAAAAUAAACUUGCACAAACAGAAAAUAGAUUAAAAACGAUGAAAAAUAAACUCGAAGAAUGCGUAAAUAAUUUGAGCAAUAAAAAUGUGUUGAUAGAAACUUUAACAGCCGAAAGAGACAAUGCGAAAGGAAUCGCUCGACGAGAAAUUGAAGGAGAAAAAAGAGUUUUAGAGGACAAAAUUGCUUCGUUGUUUCAAGAAUUAACGCAAAACAAUGCCAACAAAGAAAUGUUAAUGUCACAAUUGUACAGCAGGGUUAAAUUGAUAAUAACUCAAAAAGUUUUAACUAUAAAAAAUCUUUCUAAGGAACUCGAAGGAGUCAAUGCUAAAUGCGGACAUUUAGAAAAAUUAUUGGAUCAACAACGAAAAGAAUACAUUUUAAAAUCUUUAUAAAUAUGAGGCGUACACUCUGUCUCUGCGAUUUCCGACUAUAAGCACUGAACACGACAGGCAUCGUUAAUUCACAAAUUCACACACCAUUAAUUCUCAUAGGCGAUGCAUGAGAACCUUAUAAUAACCUUUAUCUAAGAUGCAAGUAAACACGAACAUGUCAGUGGAUUGAAUUUGUUAUGAAAAGAUUUUCCAGCGCCGUUGAAUGUAGAAUUUAUUAUCACGUGCACAGGGCUAUGUCUACAUUAAAGAAAAAUAGAAAAGAAAAGAAAAGAAAAAAGAAAAGAAAAGAAAAGAAAAGAAAAAAAAAAGAAAAAAAAAAAGAAAUUAUACACAUUCGUACAUACAUUUCAGUAUAAGAUCUUUAUCAUUGCUGUAUAACAUUUACAAGCAUGAAAUGUCACUGUUUAUUUCACCACAAUUUUAUAAAUGUAAGAUAAAAAUAUAAUUUAAAACUGAUUUUAAA